AUGGACACAAUACUGAGGAGACGGGGCGCAUAUGUAUGCCGCAGCUGUACCAAGACCCUCCGGAGGCAAUUGAGCCGAAACUACUCGAGUGCGGCCUCCCAACCAGACAUUUACGAUGUAGUUUGCGUUGGGGGAGGUCCCGCGGGGUUGAGUCUGUUGACAGCGCUGCGAGCUAACCCAGUCACAUCCCACCUCCGAAUCGCCCUCGUCGAAGCGCAAGACCUGUCCAAGAUCCGGUCAUGGAAACUGCCCCCAGAUCGGUUCUCGAACCGAUGCAGCUCUCUCACCCCCUCAUCUGUCCAAUAUCUCGACCAGAUUGGCGCCUGGGGACACCUCGAGAGGAGCAGGGUGCAGGCGUUCCAGGAAAUACAGGUGUGGGAUGGCGUAACGGGUGCACGCAUCGAGUUUGACUGGGCCCCGGGCUCGGCCCCCGCAGCCGGGACGACCGUCGCGUACAUGAACGAGAAUCUGAACCUCACCUCGGGAUUGUUAAAGAGGAUAGAAGAGUUGGGUGGUGUGGCUGUGUUUGACAAGGCCAAGGUGGAACGGAUCGCGUACCGGGAGGAAACGGGGGACCUAGACCUUCGCGAAUGGCCCGUUGUUCACUUGGCCGGGGGCAAACAGCUUGCUGCCCGGCUCCUUGUCGGCGCAGAUGGCGCCAACAGUCCGGUGCGCUCGUUUGCUGGGAUCGAGGCUCGUGGCUGGGACUACGACCGACACGGUGUUGUGGCUACCCUGGAGAUGGAAGGGGAGGGUUGGGGGAGCGGAAAUGAGGUCAAGAUCGCCUACCAACGGUUCCUCCCCACUGGGCCUGUCGCGAUGCUGCCUCUCCCAGGGAACUACUCCACGCUAGUCUGGUCAACCACACCCAGCAACGCCUCCUUGCUCAAGAGCCUCUCAGCCAAAGAUUUCAUCGCCAUGGUGAACGCCGCCUUCCGCCUAACCCCAACCGACCUCGCAUACAUGCACACCCAAUCCUCCGGCCAAGCCGCCGAAUAUACCUGGAGGCUCCAACACACCCCCUUCAACCACCGCGCCGUGCCCCAAACGGCCCUGGCCGUCCAAGACGGCACGGUAGCCUCCUUCCCGCUCAAAAUGCGCCACGCGGACACCUACACGACCGAUCGCAUCGCCCUCGUCGGCGACGCGGCACACACCAUCCACCCGCUCGCCGGCCAGGGCCUGAACCAGGGCCAGGGCGACGUGCAGAGCCUCGCCAAGACGAUUGAGUAUGCCGUCCGCCAUGGGCAAGAUAUUGGCGUGGCCAUGUCGCUGGAGCCGUAUGUCGCGGAGCGGUAUGCCGCGAACCAUGUGCUGCUUGGGGUUUGUGAUAAGCUGCAUAAGCUUUACUCGGUGGGUAGUGGUCCGCUGGUGCCGUUGCGGUCGGUUGGGUUGAGUGCUGUUAAUGCUUUGGGCCCGCUCAAGACGUUUUUUAUGAACCAGGCCGCUGGGAACGGGGUCAAGGUUUUUUGA